UUGUUCCGGCAGCAGCUCCCCUUCCCUGCCUUUCCGUCCCUCUCCUUCUCUCCUUCCUAAAUCAGCCAUGGCUCCCAAGAAGCCCGAGCCUAAGAAGGCCGAGCCUAAGAAGGAAGAACCCAAACCGGCGCCUAAACCGGCGGAACCGGAGCCCAAGAAAGAAGUGGAGUUUAACCCGGCUUCGGUCAAAGUGGAGUUCAGCCCUGACCAGAUCGAAGAAUUUAAGGAAGCGUUUUCCCUCUUCGACCGGACCCCCAAGUCAGAGAUGAAAAUCACCUACGCCCAGUGCGGAGACGUCCUGAGAGCUCUGGGGCAGAACCCGACCCAGGCCGAGGUCAUGAAAUUGCUCGGCAGACCCAAACCUGAAGAGAUGAACUCCAAGAUGAUCGACUUUGAGACCUUCCUGCCCAUGCUCCAGCACAUCUCCAAGACCAAGGACACCGGAACCUACGAGGAUUUCGUGGAAGGGCUCCGGGUGUUCGACAAGGAGGGGAACGGGACGGUCAUGGGAGCCGAGCUCCGCCACGUCCUGGCCACGCUGGGGGAGAGGCUGACUGAGGAGGAAGUGGAUAAAUUGAUGGCUGGGCAGGAAGAUGCCAACGGCUGCAUCAACUACGAAGCUUUUGUGAAGCACAUCAUGGCUAACUGAGCCCAGGACAAGGGAAGCGCCGGGAAUGCCGGAUGCCAGCCUUGGAUUUCGAUGUGCUGGAAUUUCUCCUCGUUUUUCAGCCCAGAUUCCCAUUCCAGAGCUCCAAAAUGUACCAAAAUCCCUAUUUUUUGGAUAUUUUUGUUUGUUUUGCCUUGUUCCUCCGUGGGAAAAGAGUGGAUCCUGUGGAGAUCCAAUGGAAAAAACCUGGAAUAUGAGCUAUGAAUCCCUGGGAAUUUCUCUAGGAUGCGGGAUAUAAACAGGAACACGAAACUGAGGGAAAGGGAGGAAUUUUUUUCGAUUCAAUCGAUCAAAAAAAUGAUUGAUCCCUUUUUCCAUCCCAAACUCCACCUUUUCCCUGUGUUUAUGGGAUACCAAUAUAAAUCCCAGGCGUGCAAGGAAUAUCCUUCAUCCUCAGGGGAAAACUGUAGAAUUCCCAGAAAUCAGCAACAAACAAAACCUUGCUGAUGCUUUUUUCUCUGCUUUGGAGGAUGGAAAACUACGGAUUUAAGAGGAAAAAUCCCAAAUGAAUGCAAAAUUUGCUAAACUCCAUCUUUUCUCCGUGAGGAUUCCUUCCCAUUCCAAUCUUUUCCCUAGGAAAAAAGGAAAAGUCUUCCCCAAAGGAAAAUUGGAAGUUCUUCAAAUAAACACAUCUUGGUCCUGGAGUUUUUGCAGUAAAAAAUGGGAUUUUCCGUG